AGGUUUAUAUAUGUCUCCAUUAGUAACGCACUAUUGCAUUUAUAGCUGCAGGAUCUAGGACUAUGGAGAAAUAAAGACAAGAACCCAAGAGCUGGCCCAUUCCUUGCAGCAAGAAAAUGAACACUGAAAUUAAAAUGGAGACCCAAGAGCAUUCAUUUAGAGCAACAGAAUUGUGGCAGGAACUAAUAUUGAGCUUUAGACUGUCCAUGCCUCGUUGCAAGCAUCGUCUCAAGAUGCGUUGGUAUGAUGAUAGCUUCACUGGCCGAGAGGCAGUGGAGUGGCUGCAUAGCUACCUUCAGAGCAGUGGCAAGUUUGGAUCAGUCUGCAAAGACCAGGCUGUGAAGCUACUACAGAAGUUUCUGAGCAGUGAUGUCAUCACAGAAGUUCGAAAUAGGCUAUCACAUUUUGAAGAAGACACAACGUACUUGUAUAAGUUUGUGACAGAGCCUGGACCGUUUAACUUUAUUGAGGAGGAAGUUGAAUUGCCACGCCCCCUAUCCCCUGUCGGCAAGCGUGACCGUUGCAACAGCUUGUAUAUGGAGACAGAACCGACUGGUGCCUGUUUCACAAAUGAGUAUGCCUUCAACAACGAGGCUAUGGUUAUAUCCCCUCUUAAGAAAAGUCGUAGUGAAGGAUGUCUUAGUCAACCUCUGGGAGUAAGGGAUGUCAAUAUUCAAGACAUCCGAAAGACGCUAUCACCAGCGCAAGUGGCUGAAACUUGGAAAGAGGUCACUUUAUCAAGAUUAUUGCGCCUGGUGGAACUGCCAGCCCUGGACACAGUGCUGGAUCACAAUGCAGUGGAUGGUAAGCUAAUCCAGAGCAAUUUCCUGACUGGGCGUAGCCUACUCAACAAGGCGGCCGCUAAAUUCAGACGCUCCAUAAGAGGGGGGGCGGAUAAAAAGCCCCCCCUACCCCCCUCCACCCCUCACACCCUUGAAACCACGCACCACCAUCACCUACGAAGAUUUUCCACUAAAAUAAAAUCAGAUCCACAAAUCUCCACUCCACCUCCUCACGAUGAGUCUGUGACGGAUGCUCCACAGUGGGUGGUCCUGGCCAUGAAGUGUCUCGCAAAAUGGCCUGAUGCUUGUACAGAGGAGCUGAUGGGUGGGAAGCCAGUGUACGCUGGCUUUGAGUUAGGCGUCCUACAAUCUCUGGUCCAGUAUUUCCAUGGUCUGGCUGAACCACUCAUCAGCACUAAGCUAUUUGACCUCCUCAUGGCAGUCAACAACCUAGUUACCGGGAACAAGGCGGGAGUCACGAAUGCCCUCCAACUGUGCACCCUCCUACUCCCGCAAGCCAAUCGGACACACCUUCAUGGAAUGCUACGCUUUCUGUACAAAGCCUCGACCAAUAGUCGGCUGUUACUGUGUCAGGGGAAGGGAAAUAUGGAGGAACUAGUGAAGCACUUUACCAGCGUGAUCCUGCGAUCGUGCUCCAAGCUGAGUCGUGUGGGAAUGGCAGAGAGACAGAGAGUGGAGCAACUCGUCACAUUCAUGGCUCAGAACUACCAGCACAUAUUUAAGGUUCCUGAGGAUUUAAAGAAAGAAGUGCAGAAACGACUCGAUGCCAUCUCCACUGGCAAGGAUGACAUUAUGCCCAGUGCGGGCAGUGCUUGCUGCUCACGAGUCAGCUCCCAGGUGUACGAGACCGAGGGGGCAAGUGCAUCAGAGAAUGCUCUACUAGGUCUACUGGACACCAUUAUUGCAGACCAGGGCAUGAGCAGCAAGGAUAAGAGACACAGACUAAAAGAUUUUCAGAAGGCCUAUCCGGAGCUCUAUGCUCAGCGUCUCCCACCCUCCCCUCAAGAGGUUAAAGGUCACAGCAGAUCUGACAGGAAAGUACAGAGACACACCUCCCUGAGUGUGAGGGAUAGACCACGCUCUCUCCUGCUUAGAGAGAAGUAUGACUCGAGUGAAACACUUAACACUGUCAAUCUUAGAUAGCUGCUGACAGUGCACUUUUUUUUUUCACAUUUUUCUUUUUGUUUUAUAAUCGAUUGUUUCUCUUAAUAAAAAAUUUUGUCUUGAAAUAA